CAUAUUUUUUAAAAUUAUGCUUUUUGAAUCUGUUUUUGAAAAUAUAUUUUUAAAAAGCACGCUUUUUGUAAUAUAUCAUUAAAGCGCGGUUUUUCGGAGGAUGACUUUGAAGCUCUUGAUCUUUCUUUUAAUAUUUUUCAUUUAAUAUGAUUGAAGAAACCAAAAAUUGGUACAAAUAUGUUAAUAAUUUUAUGAAAAGAUACAGUGCUUUUUUCAUAUCUUUAUCUAACAGAACUAAGUCCUUGCGUAUUUUUAAGAUACAUUUAUAAGGUUCUGUUUCGUUUGUAUCCUAAUGUUUGUAUCUUUGGAUUGAAUCAUUUGUAUCUUUUGAAUCAAAGAUACACCUUUAAUACUGAGUAUCGAAUAGUCGCUUACACUGCCGCUGCAUGACUGCAGCAUUCUUACAUGUUUGUAUUAGUUCACUGUGUUUGUACAUUUGUAUGUAUGUCUGUGUGUGUGCUCUGUGCCGCUUUGAGGGUGGAAGUUUUUCUACUUCUCUGGAAAAUGCGCGUUUAUUUGUACGUACAAACGUUCCUUACAUUUCGCUGCACCGAGCGCCGGGCAUAUGACACUGGCAACAGGCCCCUGCUCUCCUGCUCCUACUGUGCGGCGAUUAGCUAGCUAUACCGGACCGAACCGAACCAAGAAUACUACUUUAAUUCGUGCGCGAUCCGUGCAGGCAAAGUGCAAUUUUAUUUAUGCUGGAACUCAGGCCGAUCCGGCGGCGAUUGGAGUGGAGUCGGAGUCGGAGGCCAAAAGCAGACCCACGAGACAGCGAGACACGAAAUUCGCUGUAAGUUAUCAGGAUGAAAACCGGUUGGGAGUGUAGCAUAAAAACUGGUUUCCCAGCGAGAGAUGAGCUACUUUUUGUGGUCGCCGUUCGACCAACAACAACAUAUUAAAUUGACAGCGCCGAGCAGGAUGACUUUUCGAAUGUGGAUUCAGUAUUAAGCGCGAUAUUAAAAUGCAGAACAACCAAAAGGCCAUUAAUUUGCUCAUUUUUUAGUUAAUAGGGGGAGGAAUAAUACAAAUGACCGGAAAAUUGGAAUAUUUAAUGAAGUUUAAUAAUCUUAAGAUAGUGGUUUAACUUGGUUAACUUUUAAGAUGAUAAAGUUGAAUAUAUUCCUAAAUCAUAAAACAACUUUUAAGGAUCUUAAGGUCUUCCUAAAUUAAAGGAGCUAUUUAUUUUAUAAAAGUUUACAUUUAAAACAAAAAUAUAAUACACUUUUGUUUUUUUUUUUAAUUAUAGGGCACUUAGAAGUCGGUGCAUACUGCUCACAAGAAAAACGCACACACAAUGCGCCUUGUAUUUUUAUUUGGUUUUCCAACUUUUGGGGUUGUGUGGUAUUGCUGUGCACUUAUACGUUUACAUGUGAAUGUCGCGCAUCACAAUCGUCGCGAUAACUCUGUCGUAUGCUUAUUGGUUUUUACAACGCGACCAGUAAAAAAUAAUUCCCCGUUCUGCACUUUACGAUAAUCCAAUCAAGUUCACUUCCAUGCCCAUGCCCAGCCAGAAAUGAGUGACCUGCUCAAAUGACAUGGACUGCAGAGCGAUGUGUCGUGGGCGAAUCAUAUUGAUAAAUCAAAAAGUAGUGUGUGUUCAUAAUGCAAAGCCUAACUAGGAAAUCGGUAGAGUAUAAAUUCCUGAUUGCCGUUGCAAUCUACCUGCAAGCGCUGGAGCAAUCGAUCCGGCCGUGCCACUGUGUUCAUGGUUUCAGAAACAAUACGGAGAGCGCCGAGCUGGUGUCCCACUACGAGUCGAGUCUCUCGCUCCCGGACAUCCUGCCUAUACCCUCAAAGACCUACGACAAGAACCGGGCACCCAAGCUACUGGGCCAGCCCACAGUCGUCUAUUUCCAUGUCACGGUGCUAUCGCUAGAUUCCAUUAACGAGGAGUCUAUGACCUAUGUGACGGAUAUAUUCCUAGCACAAAGCUGGCGGGAUCCUCGCCUGCGGCUGCCCGAGAACAUGAGCGAGCAGUACCGCAUCCUCGACGUGGACUGGCUGCACAGCAUCUGGCGGCCGGACUGCUUCUUCAAGAACGCCAAGAAGGUCACCUUCCACGAGAUGAGCAUCCCCAAUCACUAUCUCUGGUUGUACCACGACAAAACGCUGCUCUACAUGUCCAAGCUCACACUGGUGCUGUCGUGUGCCAUGAAGUUCGAGUCCUAUCCCCACGACACGCAAAUCUGUUCCAUGAUGAUUGAGAGUUUAUCCCACACGGUGGAGGAUUUGGUUUUCAUUUGGAACAUGACCGAUCCCCUUGUGGUCAAUGCGGAGAUUGAGUUGCCACAGUUGGAUAUAUCGAACAACUACACAACCGAUUGUACUAUAGAGUACUCCACAGGGAACUUCACCUGCCUGGCCAUUGUGUUCAACCUGCGACGGCGCCUGGGCUACCAUCUAUUCCACACCUACAUCCCCUCGGCUCUGAUCGUGGUCAUGUCGUGGAUAUCGUUUUGGAUCAAGCCGGAGGCCAUACCGGCCCGUGUCACAUUGGGAGUGACUUCGCUGCUGACCCUUGCCACCCAGAACACGCAAUCCCAGCAGUCUCUGCCCCCGGUCUCCUAUGUGAAGGCGAUAGAUGUCUGGAUGUCGUCCUGUUCGGUCUUCGUCUUUCUCUCGCUGAUGGAGUUCGCCGUGGUUAACAACUACAUGGGGCCGGUGGCCACCAAGGCGAUGAAGGGAUACUCGGACGAGAAUAUCAGCGAUCUGGAUGAUUUGAAGCACCAUCGGGAGUCGAUAAUCGAACCGCAGUACGAUACUUUCUGCCACGGACAUGCCACAGCCAUUUAUAUAGACAAGUUCUCGCGCUUUUUCUUCCCGUUCUCGUUCUUCAUACUCAACAUUGUCUACUGGACAACGUUCCUAUGA